UUGCGUUAUAAGUAACGCGCAUAUUAUUUCUCAACCCUGAUUUUGUGAGAGCGAGAAAAAAUAAUCAGAGAAUUUAUUGUAAUUUAGCGGCGAGUUUAUUAGCGGCGAUGGAUCGAACCGUGGCGCCCUGCGUCGACUUUUUUCAAUACGCUUGCGGCACGUGGAAUCGAUUGCAUGUUAUACCAGAGGAUCGGAGUGCAAUCAGCACCUUCGAGAUACUAGCUGAUCAGCUGCAAGUGAUCCUGAAACGCGUUCUCGAGGAACCGCCAAAUGCGAACGACAAUAAUGCCACUCUUAAAGCGAAGAUGUUCUACAGGUCGUGCAUGGAUAUCCCUCGCAUACGAGAGAUCGGGGACGCCCCUUUGAAGAAAAUCUUGGAACGUCUCGGUGGCUGGCCGGCGGUGGUGGGUACAUCUUGGAGGCCACCGCCUUAUCCACUGGAGGUUCUCUUAGGUCGUCUACGCGGCGAAUACAACGUAGGCGUCUUGAUGGAACAAUGGGUCGGUCCAGAUGAUAAGAACUCUUCAGUUAACAUCCUCCAGGUGCGCCGGCAAA